AUGUCAAGCCACACAGAUUAUUGCACCAUGUCAUCAGUAGAAGAUGAGGCGAAGACUCUCAAUGAUUCCAACGGUCGGUCAAACACAAUCUCAUCAGAUGUAUCUAUCCUCAAACCCAAGAACUCGUUCUCUUGCGUUAUCUUUCCGCAACCGCAGCUAAAUACCAGACCGCGAGGAGUUAUGACCGACUUUGCAGGCUUGCCAACACUGAAACCAUCAUCGUCAUCCCUCAUUCCGGAAGAAUAUAAGGUUUCAAAGAUGGAAUCAUCUCCUUGUCUGUCUGCUCCUCACCAGCCUCCAUCUCGACCAAAGUCUUGCCCGAUACCACUUCUUACUCCUCCUUCCGCAAAUGGCAACCAAAAGAUCAUUCAAAGCUCAUCACUUAACUCCUCAAACAUACCAUCUCCUUCCAGGCUGUCGAGACUCUCGAAAGCUCCACCUCUCGAGCCCUACCAGUUUCCAUUACGCCAACCACAGCCCGACAGAAGCUGGCUUCCGGCUCCGACGCGCUCACAACCAAAACCAACAUACCUAAAAACAGCUCGCGAUCGAGACCAAGCCAUUCACGGCCCUCUGCAUCCAGUCACCAACCUUCCCUGUCCACCACCAUCGCCAAACUCUCAAGAUCUCCGUCUCCAACGACGCUUCCGUGCGGUACCUGUCGAGGCAACUUCUUCCUCGCCUCUCGAACUUGUCUACGACACACGCGACAAGACCUUCGCCCUCGAGCGCCGCUCUAUUCUCCUCCCUGGCGGAAACGACACGCCGAUGCUAGAGAUGCAGGAGAAUCUGCCACCUCUGCUUGUCGAUGGCCGGAUGACUGUGGUGGAAGUGCCGCGGUGGUCGAAACACUUGAGAUUAUUCUGGCGGAGCUUCAAUGGGGAGAGAUCGGAGGUUUGGCGGAGAGAGGUGGAAUUUCCACUUUGGGUGUGGAUGGGGAGGAAUUUCGGGGAUAGGUGGAAAGAGUGUUUUGUUCGGUGA